AGUGCGAGUUUAAAUAUUCAAAAUGGCGUCUGCACCAGAGAGACUUGUUGACACGCCAACAGCUGGCGUAUCAAAAUAAUAGCCAGCUGACUAUUCCUCCGAUCUGUCGACUCGUUGUUUUUGUAUCUGUCGCAGGAUCAUAACUCGCGUUAAUUCGAGGCAACAACUGCUUCGUUAUUCGGGCGCCGUUACUGCGUCAGUGCGAUAUAGGUGUUCGUUAAACAUGCCAUAAUUAAUUUGCUCGACGUUAUAAGGGACAUAAAACAGUUCAAUCAUGGAGAACAACAACAGCGAUAAGUUUUGUUACAUAUACAGUUGCUCCUUGGAGACCAAAAUACAGAUUAAAAUCGGAAAUCUGGAAGGUAAAAGUAUUCGGCCGGAGUACGAGAAGUUGCUGACCGAUCCUUUGUUGAAAUAUUCCGGAUUGUUCGACUCUAGCAAUGGCAAGGGUGACUUGAUGGCUUCUUUUCAAGUCUUCGACAACGGCCGAGCUCUAGCAUUGCCAGUAUUUACGGCCUACAAACACUUUGCUUCGAGAUGGAAUUGGAAUCAAUGGAUCACAUUGCCAAUCUCGUACUCGGAUUUGCCUCGAACAGCUCAGCUCUGCAUCAACCUGUACGAUUGUGCAGGUCCCAUGAGAAAGAUACCAGUCGGAGGUAGUACUAUAAGUCUAUUCGGUAAGCAUGGUAUCUUUCGACAAGGCAUAUUGGAUUUGAAAGUCUGGCCCGGUGUGGAAGCAGAUGGAGAUUUUCCAUCUACGACACCAGGAAAAACUCCUGACAAUGGCAAAGAUCAAAUGCAAAGGCUGGCCAAGCUUGCAAAGAAGCACAGAAAUGGUCAAAUCAAUAAGGUAGAUUGGCUAGACAGAUUAACUUUUAGAGAAAUAGAGUUGGUUAAUGAACACGAGAAAAGGGCUUCAGACCAUUUGUAUCUAAUGUUGGAGUUUCCAGAGGUGGUGAUUAAUAACCAACCUUAUGCCAUUGUUUACUAUGAAAAAGACGGCGAUGAAGUCAUUCAACAUAGAUCCCAAUCAGAUAUUGUCACUCUACCGGAUCAUGAGAUACUGCAAGAAAAUUUAGUAGAGGCUAAGCAUCAUAAAUUAGCAAGAAGUUUAAGAAGCACUGGAAUGACAAGAGACUUGAAACCUACCUCUGGUGUGAGAGAUGCUUUGAAUGUAAUUUUAGCUUAUCCACCAACUACUGCUCUUACAACUGAAGAGCAAGACUUGAUAUGGAAAUUCAGAUUUUAUUUGACCACACAGAAGAAAGCUUUGACAAAAUUUGUAAAAUGUGUAAAUUGGAAAGUUUUUGUAGAAGAGCGGCAAGCUUUAGAAAUGUUGACUCGUUGGGCACCACCCGAUCCUGAAGAUGCCUUAGAAUUGUUAGGCCCUGCUUUCACUCAUCCAAGUAUCAGAAGAUAUGCCAUAGGACGUUUAAGUCAUGCGCCAGAUGAUGACCUUAUGUUGUACUUUUUACAAUUAGUGCAAGCAUUGAAGUAUGAAAACUUUGAUAGUAUUAAAGCUAUAAGCAAGAAUUUUGAUAAAACUAAAGUAACACCAGAACAAUGUGAUAAGUCUGGCAAAGAUCUUCUCAUGAAUAAUCUUUCAUCUUCUGCAUCUAUGUCUUCUACUGAAUCUGAACAGAAUAAUAUUAUAUUAUCUCAAUACAGUGAGACAAAUUUAGCUAGUUUUUUGGUAGCAAGAGCUUGUGAAAAUUCAACUUUGGCUAACUACCUAUUUUGGUACUUAUCAAUUGAGUGUGAAGAUCAAUUAGACCCAGUGAUUACUGUCAAACAAGAUACUAAAGUUAAAGAAAUGUAUCUCACAGUUAUGAAUAUGUUCUUGAAUGCUCUUUCUUCUGGUAAUCAUAUUUGGCAAAAGAGGAAGGCUUUCUUAACUAGACAAAAAAUGUUCAUUGAUCAAUUGGUAUCUCUUGUUAAAACUGUUGCACGAGAGAGUGGGAACCGUAAGAGAAAGACAGAAAGAUUGAGAUCUUUGUUAGCAGAUGCAGAUGCCUUUUUCAAAAUUAAUUUUGAAAACUUUGAAGCCAUACCUUUUCCACUAGAUCCAGAUAUUUCAAUUAAAGGCAUUGUUUCUGAAAAAGCUAGUUUAUUUAAAUCAGCUUUAAUGCCUUCAAAGUUAACAUUUUUGACUACUGGUAAUACAGAAUACAUUGCUAUCUUCAAAUAUGGAGAUGAUCUGCGUCAAGAUCAGCUUAUCUUACAAACAAUAGCCUUGAUGGAUAAAUUGUUACGGCGUGAAAAUUUAGAUUUAAAAUUAACUCCAUACAGAGUUCUUGCAACAAGUACUAAACAUGGUUUUGUACAGUUUAUUGAAUCUACUACUGUAGCUGAAGUGUUGGCCACUGAAGGAUCCAUUUUAAACUUCUUCCGUAAACACCAUCCUUGUCAAACAGGACCUUAUGGGGUUGAUCCAAAAGUUAUGGAUAGUUACAUUAGAAGUUGUGCUGGAUAUUGCAUUAUAACAUAUGUGUUAGCAGUAGGAGAUAGGCAUUUGGAUAAUUUACUUCUUACAACUUCUGGAAAACUAUUUCACAUAGAUUUUGGAUAUAUACUAGGACGAGAUCCAAAACCUUUACCACCUCCAAUGAAACUCAGCAAAGAAAUGGUAGAAGCAAUGGGUGGAGUGGGAUCAGAACAUUAUUAUGGAUUUCAAAAACAGUGUUACACAGCCUUCCUUUACCUGCGUAGACAUGCAAAUCUAAUAUUGAAUUUGUUUUCUCUUAUGGUGGAUGCCAGUGUACCAGAUAUUGCAUUGGAGCCUGAUAAGACUGUAAAGAAAGUUCAAGAUAAGCUGCGUCUAGAUCUCAGUGAUGAAGAAGCUGUACAUUAUGUUCAAAAUCUCAUAGAUUUAUCUGUGAGUGCUGUAAUGCCAGCUUUAGUUGAACAGCUUCAUAAAUUUGCUCAAUAUUGGAGAAAAUAAUAACAUUUCUAUGCUUAUUUAAAACUGUACAUAUAUGCAUGAAUUCUUGAGUUGUGAAGUAAUUUUUGAGAGAUUGAAACAACAGUCUUACAAUUAAAUUAGAAUUCAAAAAUAUUGACGACAUGUUUUUAUAUUUGAUAUUUUCUACUUGCAAGAAUAGUUGAAAAAAAAAAUGUUUGUUACAAAAUAACACUAAACCUGUAAUGUUUGAUAAUUUUGUAUAGUCUUAGAAAA